AACGACUACAAUCGUUCCUUCCGUGAGUUGUGUUUUUACGUAGCGGCAUGGUGAAUACCCAGUGUAAUUUAUUUGAGUUUUUAUUAUCCGUUUGACAAAGGCACCACGUGUUUUUUACACACAAGUACUUCCAAAACCUCAAGAUUCCGCCAAAAAACUGCAAACGGCCCAAAGGGUGGCUUCCUAAGGGUUGUAACGUAGACGAGGCUUCACCAGCAAACAAUAGCGAGAUCCUUCCGUACAAUUGGAGAAUCUUCCUGAACGGCGAACCACCUUGGGGUUUCUAGCUGAUCAGAACUCGCUGACUUUUUACCCGCUUACCUGAAAACACACAACCCUGUUCAACUCUGAGCACGGGCUGCCUCCUUGCUUAGUACGUCACAAUUACAUUUAUAUUUAACGACAACAUCUUUCCAAAAGAAAAACAAAUCAAAUCAAUCAAAAUGAAAAUCAGCAAUUCCGACGAACGUUUCCACAUCCUCGAGCCUGAGACCAAAGUUUGGGAUGUCAUUAGAGAGGUCACUGAUACCGAACAAGAAGACGCGUUCUACGUGUGCGACAUGGGCGACAUAGUGCGCAAGCACAAGAUCUGGAAAGCGACCCUUCCCAGGGUCGUUCCACACUACGCCGUCAAAUGCAACGAUAGCCUGACCGUUUUGGAGGUUUUGGCCGCUCUGGGCACCAGCUUCGACUGCGCGUCCAAGUCCGAAAUCAACAAGGUACUCUCGUUGGGCGUCGAACCCAACCGCAUCAUUUUCGCCAACCCGGCCAAGAUGAAGAGUCAUAUCCGCCAUGCCGCCUCUGUAGGCGUGAUGACUAUGACCUUCGACAACGAGCUGGAGUUGGAGAAAGUCAAGGAACAUCACCCAGAUGCAAAUAUGGUUAUCCGCAUUCGUUGCGACGCCACCGAUGCCCAAUGCCCUCUAGGCAUUAAAUUCGGUUGCGAUCCGGUCACCGAAGCGCCUCUUCUGCUAAACAAAGCAUCAACCUUGGGAAUCAACGUGGUGGGAGUCAGCUUCCACGUGGGUUCCGGAUGCCGCGAACCGGACGUGUUCCGCAGAGCGAUCUCGGCGUCCAGAGACGUCUUCAACAUGGCCAGACAAGUGGGCUUCAACUUCAAUCUUCUGGACAUCGGCGGCGGCUAUCCGGGCGGUCGUAUGGAAACCUUGGACGAGAUCGCCAAAGUGAUCAACUUGGCCCUGGAGACCUACUUCCCCGAUCCCGAAGUGCAGGUUAUUGCCGAGCCCGGCCGUUUCUACGUCAGUUCCGCCUACACUUUGGCCUGCAACAUUCAUUCCAUUAGACACGUGAAGAAGUUCAACGCGAAUGGGGAAAGCUCCGAGCACCGCAUGUACUACAUCAACGAUGGCGUCUACGGGAGUUUCAACUGCAUUUUGUAUGACCACCAAGUGGUUGUUCCGAAACCUUUAAAGGACUACUCUGGCGGCCAGUCGUGUUCCAGCAGCAUUUGGGGACCAACCUGCGACGGUCUGGACCAAGUCAUUGAAGAGGCGUCGCUUCCGGACAUGAAAGAAGGCGAUUGGGUCGUUUUUGAAGACAUGGGCGCGUACACUCUACCAGUUGCAAGUACAUUCAAUGGUUUCCCGAUCCCGAAAGUUCACGUGGUCGCCAACGAAAGCAUCUGGAUGCUCUUCAAAGAUUUGCUGGCAUUUACCGAUGAACAUUUCGCAAUGGGAAGCAUUCCUUACAACCACAACUGUGGAUGCAUGAUGAAGAUGAAUGAUUCAAUUGAUUUUUCCUUAUCUUCAAUUUCCACCAUAACGAUUUAGUUUUUUUACGGAACGUUUGAUAAUAAGUUUUAAAUUUAUACUUUAUUCAAACAAUUUAGAAGUUAUUUUUUUCCAAAAAAUGUAAUUUUUAAUUUUUAGAGAUGUUUUUGUUAAAUAUAAAAUUAAUAUUGGGGUUUAAAUAUUUAAUGUAGAGUUGGAUUUAUUUAGGAAUAUUCGUAUUCCAAUAUAAAACCAAUUAAAUAUUGUUUCUUUGUAACUUUAACGUAUAAGCAAGGGGGCAGCUUAUAGCUUAUAAAUAUCGGAUGCAAUGUAUUAAUAUUGUGUUUUAGUAUAGCAUUACUCUCGAAGUGCUAUACUACAAUUCUAAUAUCAAAUAUAUUUUAAUAUAUAGUGCAUGCAAUUAUAAAUAAAAUUAAAAUUAAAUUA